AGUACGGUACGGAGAACAGAACUGAGGAACCAGCCAAUUAUAUUUCCGGAUAUAAAAGUUAAUUAUUGUCUAUCUAUUUCGUGAACGAAGUUUCAUGAAAAUGGCUGGAGUAGUUUUAGAAACUUUGAGUUGGAAAAAGUUGAUUAUUUUAGGACUAUUUUUGUUAUUUCUUUUGGUAUCAUUUUUCCUGAUUGGUGGAUUGAUAGCACCUAAUCCUUCUAAUGUCAUCAACAUUCUUGGUACAAAAUGUGUGAAUACUGGUGGGAUAGGUAAUAAGGAAUGGUUUAUCCCAAGAGGCUCCGGCUUAGAAAAGUGUAUUCAAUAUGACAGUCUUGAUGAUCCAAGGAUAGAGGAUGACAGAGUCUCAGCAAAUCAGAUUGUGUUUGCAUUCUGGUUGCCUCACGUGAGGGAAGGAAAGCAACUGGACUUUAGUCGUUGGCAACAAACAAUGAUAGGAGUUCUUCAGCUUGAAAUUAUAUAUGAUGAGAAGGUUCAAGUAGAAGAGGAUGCUGUUAUUCAGUUAGAUGCAAGAAUAGGAUACAGAAAUGAAGAAGACGAUGUAAAUGACUGGAAAGAACUAGCAAGCUCCCUUGAGGAAAGACAUCUUAACUGUAAAAUGGAAGGAAAGAAAGAAAAUGGAUAUGCUUAUGAAUGUGACUUGCUGUCAUUUUUUGAACUGGGCAGUAUUCACCAUGACUACUACCUUGUAAAUAUCAAAGUUCCAGUAGAACCAUACAAAGGGAUCAACAUGGGAAUAGGAAAACUCAGGGACAUUACCCUUGUUGCUAUUCAUCAGAAUGGAGGUUUUACUAGGGUAUGGUUGUCUAUAAAGACGGUUAUGUUCCCAAUGAUACUGGCUGUGCUGGUCUGGUAUUGGAGGAGAAUAUCUUUUCUUACAAGACCUGCAAACUUACUGGAAAGAACACUGUUUUCACUGGGAAUUGCCAUGUCAGUUUUGAAUUGUCCACUGGAAUGGUUCACAUUAGUUCUAGAUAUGCCAUUCAUGUUACUCAUCACUGAUAUGAGACAGGGUGCAUUCUAUGCCAUGUUACUCAGCUUCUGGAUUAUUUUUACAGGAGAACAUAUCAUGGACCAGACUGAAAGGAACAGACUGGCUCUGUACUGGAAACAUCUGCUUGCUGUUGUGAUUGGCUGCUUCUGUCUGCUACUCUUUGAACUCUCAGAAAGAGGUGUGCAGUUAGCCAACCCAUUCUUCAGCAUCUGGGUAACUGGUAUUGGAUCAAAACUGGCUCUGUCUUUCAUCAUUGUAGCAGCCAUUGCAGCAUCAUGUUAUUUCUUCUUCCUCUGCUACAUGAUCUUCUUGGUGUUUAGAAACAUAAGUGCUAAAAAGACUGCCUUACCUGCAAUGAGUAGCGGAAGGAGGUUAUACUAUAUGGGUCUGAUAUACAGAUUUAAGUUUUUGAUGUUGACAACACUAGUUUGUGCAGCUUUGACUGUUGUGUUCUUCAUCAUGAGCCAGUUAAGUGAGGGUCAGUGGAAGUGGGGAGAUGAAGAUCCUAACCUUGAGUAUACAAGUGCUUUCUUCACUGGUGUGUAUGGUAUGUGGAAUGUGUAUGUGAUUGGACUACUCUCACUGUAUGCCCCAUCCCAUAAACAGUUUGUUCCUCAAUCUACAUCAGACAACAGUCAAGAAGAGGAGGUUCAACUGACAUACAUGCCAUCUACUUCUGAGGCUUCAACCUUCCAGACUUUCGCUGCUAAGGCUGCUGCAGAUUAAACACAUCUCAACACAUAUAUACAAAUUAUUCUCAUGUAGGCAAAGAUACUUUCUGCAUAAUACUGCUUUAGUGACAACUGAAGAAAGUGUUAAUAUAAAAUACAAUAUUAGAUGUGUGGAAUCAUUCAAAUGUGCAGUUAAGCAAUAAUUCCUAUCAAGACUGCUGAUAAUUAUUUAUAGGACCUAUAUAGAUGUCACUACUCCCACAAGCAAUAAGCAGUUCAAACAACUACUGCAGCUCUUCAUUUUAGCACAGGUGUUUGAAGCUCUAUCAGUGAAAUAUAUAUGAAGGUAAGAUUAUAGAUCUCUGAAAGAGAUCCAGGUUGGCAAUCUCACACUUCAGUUGGAGGAAUGGUGAUUUUGAAAACAAAUGAUGACUGAUUGUUCUCGGUUAAACACCAUUUCAGAAAUGUUAACUGCUGUAUAAAAAUGCAACCAUGCAAGUUUUAGUUGGAUUGUUUGAGGAAGAUUAGAUUUAUGGCCCUUUGUUCUUAUUUAUAGUCCUUUUUUCUGUCUGUCUGAAGUCAUAUCUCAGAAAUGGUUGAAAGGAUUCCAAUACAACAUUGUAGAAAUGAUAACUGCUAUAGGGCAAUGUGACCCUGCAAGUUUCAGUAAGAUUUGUAGAUUUAUGGCCCUUUGCAUUUAUAGAUAAGGUACAUAAAUAAUGUUUUAUUCAAGUUUUUCUCAGUCUGGAGUCAUAUCUCAGAAUUGUUUUGUAAGAUGUCAGUAACAGAUGGUAGAAAUGUUAAAUGCUCUAAGGAAAUAUUGUCCUGCAAGUUUCAGACAGAUUGCUAUAUUAAAACGAGAUUUAUGGCCCUUUAUACUUACAUUACAUAAAUAGCAUUUUCAUUCCAUUUUCUGUGCAUCAAGAGUCAUAUCUCAGACAUGGUUUGAAGGAUUUCAAUAAAACAUCGCAAUAAUGCUAAUUGCAAUUGGGUGGCCCUGCAAGAUUCAGUUAAUUACACUGGUUAUGGCCUUCAGUAGUUAUAUAACGCAUUCCUUUGCAAAUUUAAUGUCAUUUUAUGGUCAAUUUUUGCUGUGGAAUAUUGUGACCAGACUUAGUAGAUAUAUAGCUUUUUUGGAACCACAUGUACAUUGUGCAUUCUGGUCACUGGGGUCAAGGUUGUUCUUACUAAAAAUAGAAAAUUAUUUCUAAAAGGGAUAGAGUAUUACGUCCAAACUUGGAAUUUAGGAAGCUUGCAUGGAGGCAAUGGUUUUAGAUCUAUUUUGGGUUGCUUAGGUCAAGAUUAGGAUAGGUAAGUGGUUUUUAGCUCACCUGUCACGUAGUGACAGGGUGAGCUUUUGUGAUCUCCCUUUGUCCAUCGUCCGUCCGUCCACAGUUUCCUUGUGAACACGAUAGAGACCACAUUUUGUACUUGAUUUUUAGCUCACCUGUCACAAAGUGACAAGGUGAGCUUUUGUGAUCGCGCGGUGUCCGUCGUCCGUGCCUGCGUGCGUCCGUCCGUAAACUUUUGCUUGUGACCACUCUAGAGGUCACAUUUUUCAUGGGAUCUUUAUGAAAGUUGGUCAGAAUGUUCAUCUUGAUGAUAUCUAGGUCAAGUUCGAAACUGGGUCACGUGCCAUCAAAAACUAGGUCAGUAGGUCUAAAAAUAGAAAACCCUUGUGACCUCUCUAGAGGCCAUAUAUUUCAAAAGAUCUUCAUGAAAAUUGGUCAGAAUGUUCACCUUGAUAAUAUCUAGGUCAAGUUCGAAAGUGGGUCACGUGCCAUCAAAAACUAGGUCAGUAGGUCUAAAAAUAGAAAAACCUUGUGACCUCUCUAGAGGCCAUAUUUUUCAUGGGAUCUGUAUGAAAGUUGGUCUGAAUGUUCAUCUUGAUGAUAUCUAGGUCAAGUUCGAAACUGGGUCACGUGCGGUCAAAAACUAGGUCAGUAGGUCUAAAAAUAGAAAAACCUUGUGACCUCUCUAGAGGCCAUAUAUUUCAUGAGAUCUUCAUGAAAAUUGGUCAGAAUGUUUACCUUGAUGAUAUCUAGGUCAAGUUCGAAAGUGGGUCACAUGCCUUCAAAAACUAGGUCAGUAGGUCAAAUAAUAGAAAAACCUUGUGACCUCUCUAGAGGCCAUAUUUUUCAUGGGAUCUGUAUGAAAGUUGGUCUGAAUGUUCAUCUUGAUGAUAUCUAGGUCAAGUUUGAAAGUGGGUCACGUGCCAUCAAAAACUAGGUCAGUAGGUCAAAUAAUAGAAAAACCUUGUGACCUCUCUAAAGGCCAUAUUUUUCAUGGGAUCUGUAUGAAAGUUGGUCUGAAUGUUCAUCUUGAUGAUAUCUAGGUCAAGUUUGAAACAGGGUCAUGUGCGGUCAAAACUAGGUCAGUAGGUCUAAAAAUAGAAAAACCUUGUGACCUCUCUAAAGGCCAUAUUUUUCAUGGGAUCUGUAUGAAAGUUGGUCUGAAUGUUCAUCUUGAUGAUAUCUAGGUCAAGUUUGAAACUGGGUCACGUGCCUUAAAAAACUAGGUCAGUAGGGCAAAUAAUAAAAAAACCUUGUGACCUCUCUAGAGGCCAUACUUUUCAUGGGAUCUGUAUGAAAGUUGGUCUGAGUGUUCAUCUUGAUGAUAUCUAGGUCAAGUUUGAAACUGGGUCAACUGCGGUCAAAAACUAGGUCAGUAGGUCUAAAAUUAUUAAAAUCUUUUCACCUCUCUAGAGGCCAUAUUUUUCAAUGGAUCUUCAUGAAAAUUGAUCUGAAUAUUCACCUUGAUGAUAUCUAGGUCAGUUUCGAAACUGGGUCACGUGCGGUCAAAAACUAGGCCAGUAGAUAUAAAAAUAGAAAAACCUUGUGACCUCUCUAGAGGCCAUAUUUUUCAUGAGAUCUUCAUGAAAAUUAGUGAGAAUGUUCACCUUGAUGUUAUCUAGGUAAAGUUCAAAACAGGGUCACGUACCUUCGAAAACUAGGUCAAAAGGUCAAAUAAUAGAAAAACCUUGUGACCUCUCUAGAGACCAUAUUUUUCAAUGGAUCUUCAUGAAAAUUGGUCAGAAUUUUUAUCUUGAUAAGAUCUAGGUCAAGUUCAAAACUGGGUCACAUGAGCUCAAAAACUAGGUCACUAUGUCAAAUAAUAGAAAAAUUGACGUCAUACUCAAAACUGGGUCAUGUGGGAAGAGGUGAGCGAUUCAGGACCAUCAUGGUCCUCUUGUAAUCAAACUUGCACUCAACUUAUAUGGGCAUAAUAUCUCGGUUCCUUUCGAAAACUGGCUGGAUCCCAUCAUGGGUUCCAGAGUAAUGCCCCUUAAAGGGCCUAAAUUUGCUAUUUUUAGCUCACCUGAGCAAUGCUCAGGUGAGUUUUUCUGAUCGCUCGAUGUCCGUCGUCCGUCGUCUGUCGUCUGUCUGUCAACAUUUAGCUUGUGUAUGCGAUAGAGGCUGUAUUUUUCAAUUAAUCUUCAUGAAUAUUGGUCAGAAUGAUAACCUUGAUGAAAUCUAGGCUGAGUUCGAAAAUGGGUUAUCUCGGGUCAAAAACUAGGUCACUAGGUCAAAUCAAAGAAAAACCUUGUUUAUGCGAUAGAGGCUGUAUUUUUCAAUUAAUCUUCAUGAAUAUUGGUCAGAAUGAUAACCUUGAUAAAAUCUAGGCCGAGUUCGAAAAUGGGUCAUCUCGGAUCAAAAACUAGGUCACUAGGUCAAAUCAAAGAAAAACCUUGUGUAUGCGAUAGAGGCUGUAUUUUUCAAUUAAUCUUCAUGAAUAUUGGUCAGAAUGAUUGUCUUGAUGAAAUCUAGGCCGAGUUUGAAAAUGGGUCAUCUCGGGUCAAAAACUAGGUCACUAGGUCAAAUCAAAGAAAAACCUUGUGUAUGCGAUAGAGGCUGUAUUUUUCAAUUGAUCUUCAUGAAUAUUGGUCAGAAUGAUUGCCUUGAUGAAAUCUAGGCCGAGUUCGAAAAUGGGUCAUCUCGGGUCAAAAACUAGGUCACUAGGUCAAAUCAAAGAAAAACCUUGUGUAUGCGAUAGAGGCGGUAUGUUUCAGUUGAUCUUCAUGAAUUUUGGUCAGAAUGAUUACCUUGAUGAAAUCUAGGCCGAGUUCGAAAAUGGGUCAUCUGGGGUCAAAAACUAGGUCACUAGGUCAAAUCAAGGAAAAACCGUGUGUAUGCGAUAGAGGCUGUAUUUUUUAACUGAUCUUCAUGAAAUUUAGCCAGAAUGAUUACCUUGAUAAAAUCUAGGCCGAGUUUGAAAAUGGGUCAUCUGGGGUCAAAAACUAGGUCACUAGGUCAAAUCAAGGAAAAACCGUGUGUAUGCGAUAGAGGCUGUAUUUUUUAACUGAUCUUCAUGAAAUUUAGCCAGAAUGAUUACCUUGAUAAAAUCUAGGCCGAGUUUGAAAAUGGGUCUUCUGGGGUCAAAUACUAGGUCACUAGGUCAAAUCGAAGAAAAACAUUGUGUAUGCAAUAGAGGAUGUAGUUUUCAAUUGAUCUUCAUGAAAUUUGGUCUGAGUGAUCGCAUUGAUGAAAUCUAGGUCUAGUUUGAAUAUGGGUUAUCUGAGGUCAAAAACUAGGUCAGAUUAAAGAAAAUUAUUGUGUAUGCGAUAGAGACUGUUUUUUUUCAAUUGAUUUUUAUAAAAUUUGGUCAGGAUGAUUGCCUUAAUGAAAUCUAGGUCGAAUUUGAAUAUGGGUCAUCUGAGGUCAAAAACUAGGUCACUUGGUCAAAUCAAAGAAAAAACUUGUGUUUGUGAUAGAGGCUGUAUGUUUCAAUUGAUCUUCAUGAAUUUUGGUCAGAAUGAUUGCCUUGAUAAAAUCUAGGUCGAGUUUGAACAUGGGUCAUCUAGGGUCAAAAACUAGGUCAUAUCUAAGAAAAUGCUUGUUUUAUCGCAAGAGACCAAUUUUUUGGUCCAAUCUUAAUGAAAAUUGGUCAGAAUAUUUGUUUCCAUGAAAUCACUAGGUCAACCAUGUUUUACACUGUUAUGGUGUGUUUCUUAGGUGAGCGACCUAGGGCCAUCUUGGCCCUCUUGUUUGCUUUUGAACAUGAUAAAGACAACAUUUUGCAAUCAACUUUAAUGAAACUUGCACACAACUUGUAUUGGCAUAAUAUCUCGGUUCCUUUCGAAAACUGGCCAAAUCCCGUCAUAGGUUCCGGAGUUAUGGCCCCUUAAAGGGCUAAAAUUUGCUAUUUUUGGCUUGUGAACACAAUAGAGACCACAUUUUGCAAUCAACUUUAAUAAAACUUGCACACAAGUUGUAUUGGCAUAAUAUCUCGGUUCCUUUCGAAAACUGACCAGAUUCCAUCAUGGGUUUCAGAGUUAUGGCCCCUUAAAGGGCCAAAAUUUGCUAUUUUUUGCUUGUGAACACGAUAGAGACCACAUUUUGCAAUCAACGUUAAUCAGACUUGCACACAACUUUUAUUGGCAUAAUAUCUUGGUUCCUUUUCGAAAACUGGCCAGGUUCCAUCAUGGGUUUCAGAGUUAUGGCCCCUUAAAGGGCCAAAAUUUGCUAUUUUUGGCUUGUGCAGUCAUAUAGAGACUUUAUUUAUGGUUUGAUUUGAUACAAACUUGCCAAAUAUCUUCAACAACAAUAAAUAUUGGAUUCCAUGAUGAAUCUGUCAGAUCCAAUCAUAGGUUCUGAAGUUAUUUUAUAUCUGAUUACCUCCCCUGAUUUUAAUCAAAAUGAAUUUGUAUCAGUAAGUACUUAUAGGACUCAUUUGAAAUUUUAUUAUUGUCAUUAGUUGGACUCAGACAAUCUGGGUAGAUAACUAUGGACUGAUUUUAUGUCAAAUUACCUCCCUUUAUUUCAAAUCAAAAUGGGUGUAUCUCCAUAACUAAUGAAGAUACUGAUCUGAAAUUUCAUUUAUGCCAUCAGAUGGACUUGGACAAUCAGUGAUGAUACAUAUUGACUGAAUUUAUGACAAAUUACCUCCCUUUAUCUUUUAUUUAAAUGAAUAUACCUAGCAUCUUCUAAUGAGAUUGUUUGAAACAUUAUUUAUGUCUUCCAUGGUAAGAAAUUUCUACUAUUUCUUACUUUUCUAAUAUAUUGUUGUAAAGGCUUGUACUCUAUAACUUCUACAUGCAUUUACCAAUGCAUGAUUACCUCCCCUGAUUUCAAUAAAAAUGGAUUUAUCUCAGUAAGUAUUUAUAGGACUUAUUUGAAAUUUCAUUAUUGUCAUUAGUUGGACUGAGACAAUCAGGGUAGAUAACUAUGGACUGAUUUUAUGUCAAAUUACCUCCCUUUGUUUCAAAUUACCUCCCUUUGUUUCAAAUUAAAAUGGGUGUAUCUCAGUAACCAAUGAAGAUACUGAUUUGAAAUGUCAUUUAUGCCAUCAGAUGGACUCUGACAAUCAGCGUAGAUAACUUUUGACUGAAUUUAUGACAAAUUAUUUCCCUUUAUUUUAUGUAAAUGAAUAUACCUCAGCAGCAUCUAAUGAGAUUAGUUUUAAAUGUUAUUUAAGUCUUUAAGGGUAAGGAAUAGUCAUGCUAGUACAAAAAUGCAGCAUUUGAGCCAAGAACCUUCAAACUUGGUAUGGAGAUUGGCUAUGACUAGUAUGUGACCCAUAGGUCAAAAGGGACUGUUACAAGAAAAUAUUUAUCCUGAUGAUAUUAAGUGUAUGCCUAUGUGAUCUAUGUCAAAACUUGAUCUUAUCAUUAAGAGCAAUGGUACUCAGGUGAGCGAUAUAGGGCCAUCAUAGCCCUCUUGUCUCAGGAUAAUGUUAGAUAUGAUGUAAGCAGACCAAAGCUAAUAAAUGGGUUGCUUUCUUAGAAACUUUUUUUAUAAACCCAUUUGAAAAAUGGGACGUAAUAUGGGAAUGCCCCCCCAGUGGGCAUUCGACGUCGUAACGACGUUGAUACGAUGUUGGAUAUGGACGUUCAUUCAACAUUGCAUUUUGGUUGAAAAUGGAAGUUUUUUAGACGUCGGAUUCUGACAUUGAUUCAACGUUGGUUUUCUGACGUUGGUUAAAUGUCAUAUUUCUGAUAUUAAUUAAAUCGGUUUUUUGUUUCAAAGAACCAACAUUAAUCAUUUCAUCUUUAUUAAUCAUUUUAUUAAUAAUGUAACACUAAAAUUCCUUUCAAUCGACAUCUAUCGUCAUGAUAUAUAAGGCCAACAUAAAUUCGGUGUAGUCAGUGGAGAACUUUCUGCUUUGUUGAAUCUCUCAAAAUCUUCACAAUUAUUUGUGCAAACUUCAUCUGAAAUAUAUAAAAUUUGAAUGUUCAGUAAUUUCAAAGGCAUUCUGAAAGUUUAAAUUUUAAACAUUCUAUUCAAAGUUAUCUCUAUUAUUAUUAAUGUAUGUUUAUAAUCAUUAUUUUAUGGUUAAAGUUAUUUAUCUUGUUCUUACGAAUUGUAUGAAUUUUUCAAAGACAGAAAAUAAUUGACCUGUAAAGUCAAUUAAUUAAGAAAUGAAUAUUAAAAUACUCACUUUCUACAAAUUGUGUUGAAUAAUAAUCCAUACACUUGCUCUAAAUGUCUGCAAAUGUAUCGAAUUACCAUGAGAAUGUGUAAACAUUUCUGCGAGUUGCUUGUGUCUGACUGAGCUACAUGUGUAAAGUUUAACACUGGGUCAGAUUUCGUAACUAAUAUCCAAGUAUUCAUCUGACAUCAUAGUUUAAAAUUGAGCCAAAAUGAAAAUUCUUGCGCCAGACCAAUUUAAUCUGAUAAAUGCUUACUAGAAAACACUAGCCUACAUUUAACAAUAUCACCAUGUACAAAUGAAAUUGAAAUUAUGAUUUUGUUUUAAACUCAAGAUUUCAUCAUAGCAAAAUAUAA